GUAAGGGGGAUCAAGUUCUGCUAUUCAAUCCCCGAAUGAAGAUUUUUAAAGGAAAGUUGAAGUCUAGGUGGUCCGGUCCUUUUGUAGUGAGCGAAGUUUUUCCAUAUGGAACUGUUGAGAUAGAUCAUCCUGAGAAGGGCCGUUUUAAAGUUAACGGCCAUCAUUUGAAGAAAUAUUACGGAGGACCGCUAGAACGCGAGCGUGAGGUGACCUUUGUCACAAAUUUGGAGAGAUGAGUGUGUAGUUGCGUCGGGCAAACGACGUUAAAAAUAGCGCUUCUCGGGAGGCAACCCGAGCUUAAUUUGUUUUUGUUUAGUUUAGUUUUGUUGCUUUUCAAAAAACCCACAAAAGCCACAAAAAAAAAAAAAAAAAAAAAAAAAAUUUACUGUUCGUGCGGACGCACGGUCGUGCGUCUGGGACGCACGCCGUGCGUCAAAGAAAGAAACACGGGGGAAGCUACUGCCAUCGACGCACGAUCGUGCGUCCCCCCCUACGCACGAUCGUGCGUAACACUUGAAACCGCGGGGGAGCUGCUGCCAUCGACGCACGAUCGUGCGUCGCCCCCUACGCACGAUCGUGCGUCCUAAAAUCCCUAAACCACCCCCUAAUUAAAACAUUACCCAACCCCACCCCUUCUCUCCCCUUACUCGAUCCACGAACCCAGACCAUCUCCCCCUUCCCCUUCGAAGAACACCAGCCGCGACAGCCGAACCACCCGCGACCGCCGCGUUCGCCGCGACCGCCGCGCCACCCACCACCCACCGCCCUCUUCUCUCUCUCUUCUCCAAGGUAUCUCCUUCUUCUCUUUUCUUCUCUCUUCUCCAUUAAUGGAGGCUUCUCCAAGCUUUUCUAGAAAUCUAAAUUCUUAUGCUCUAAAAUUAGAGAUUUACAUCCACAUGAUUAAAUUGAAGCUUGUGAUGAUGAUUUUGAUAUUCUAUGAUUGAUAAAUUUAUUUCUUUUGAUUGAAAUCCUUAAUUUUUGAGCUAAUUUAGCCAAUAUAGGGUUGACAAUUGAUGAAUGUGAGAUAAAUUUGGGGUUUUUGUGCUCCUUGCUUCAAUUAAGGAAUGAAUUGUUGAUUAUGAUGUUGAAUAAUUGUUGUUGAGUUAAAUUGAGCAUAAAUCCCCAAAUUUUAGGCCAAACGUGUCCAAUUUGAGAAUUGAGAGUUCUUCCCCUAAUCUAAUAUCUCUUUAAUUCUUUUGGGAGGAACUCCAUUCUUAACACUUGUUUUGAUAAGAAUUCUUGCUUGUGACCUUGUUUAUACCGUGUGUCGUUGAAAUAUUUGACUUUACUUCAAAGAAAUUUUCUUUGAUAAAAAUUCAAAAGUUUCAACUAUUCUGGUUAAACUUGGAUUUGUUGAUAAUUAUGUUGAUGCUCUUGAAUGACUGAUUACUGACGGGGUUAUUACUUUUGAUUUGGAGUUUUAUUCUAAUACUUGGAAGCCCCGUUGGAAUGGUUGUUGUUGUUGUUGAAUUGUCUUGACAGAUGCCACCAAAGAAGCGAACCAAGAAUGUUGGAACCAGCUCUAGUCGGGCUACAGGUCCCCGAUAUCAGCCUCAAUUCCCGAAGGACGAACAAAUGAUCACAUACCUCGAUUUGCUGAAAAAGGAGGUGGGCACGUUUCAUUAUCCUGAUGAGCCCACCUUGACAGCCGCUGGGCUUCAUGAUGAGGUGAUGACGCUACUCCGUCGGGGAUGGUGGCAACACCUUUUCUUUGGCAUCCGAGAGACCACAUACAAAGAAGUAACUUGCGAAGUGUUGGCCACAAUUAAAGUGCCUCGAUCUAUCCGUUUCUCCGAUAACCACCGACCCUUAAUUAAGUUCCGGGCUUUCAAUGAGGACCAUGCCAUAUCCAUUUACAACAUCCAGUGGCACUUAGGUUUUACCCGGAUUGAGGAUAGAGCAGAGGAUGAAGCAGGCUUGACUGAUUUUCCACGAGAUGUAGAUCGCCAGAAGUUUUGGGAGAGCAUUUCUAGAGACGGCGGCACUUAUGACCCCCGGGACACCCCUAGAGUUAUCCAUUCCCUUCUUUCAUCCACCAUCACUGGGAGGGCCGAGGUAGCAGGCAAGGUCUCCACUACAGAUCUUUUGUGCCUUUAUUGCAUGAUCCACAACAAGCUACCACACAUGGGUGCUAUCAUUGCCGGCCUUUUCCACCGUCAGUCUACCUACAAGAUCAAGGCUAUCUUUUCUGGACCCUACAUCACCAGCCUUCUGCGUGGGAUGGGUUACGGCGACCACUUUGUAAACAUGGAUGAGAGUUCUUACUAUGCGCCGUUGACUAAGCUUCCAGAGCUGAACACCGGGGUGGCCAGAAGGAGGCGCCUAGCAGAGCAGCCAGUUGAGGGAGAGCAGAGAGUACCGCAUCAGGCAGGGAUCCAUAUUCAGGAGGGCGGCGCAGCUGGCCACGUUGAUGAUGAUGAUGAGGAGGAGCACCACACUGAGGGGGGAGGAGCAGCUAUGGACCAUGAUGCUGCUCAUUCUAUUCCUGUCAUGCCACCUGCUUUUCAGGAUGCUUUUUCGAGUUGGCAUGAGGAGCAGAGGGCGUAUCAUGUCGAGUGGAGGGAGAGUCAGCAGCGCCAUCACAGGUCACUUUUUGAGAGUCAGCAGCGCUUCUUUGCCGAUGUUCAGGCAGAGCGACAGAGACAGCAGGAGCUUUAUCGCCAGAUGAGGGCGGACCAGCAGGCAUUCUUUCAGGAGGUCCGGGCGGAGAGGCAGACUUACCACAGAGAGCUCCAGCGGACCAUUCAUGAGGACAUUACGACCGGGUUUUCCAACCUGCGCGUACAGUACGCGGAGUUGGACACUCGUGUCACAUCCUUAGAGUCCAGCUGGAAUUCGUUCUUCGAUGCACAGCAGCCACCGCCACCUCCGGAGCAGUAGUGAUUUGGUAGAUUGUUCGCCGUUAGCCUCUGUUCUCUGAUUUGUUGUUGGAUGACUGUAUCUAUACUUUCACACUCACUCACUCACUCACUCACGUUACUCUUUACUCUUUUUCCGUAUUUCUUGGAUUUUGUUUGUGUUUUGAUGAUUGCAGCUUACUAGUCCCGUGGAUGAAAUUGCCGAGUUCAUUUCACACAGUUGAGUUCUACUCCAACCAUCGCCAUAGGGAAGUUACUUUGGUUUUUAUUCUUGUGAUAAUGACUUGAGUUAAUGUUGAGCACGCGUGACCCUUUCCUCUUUACCCCUAGUACAUAAUGCAUUUUUUUGGUCAUCGAGGACGAUGCCAAAGUUUAAGUGUGGGGGAGUGAAUUGGGCAUUCGGGCAGUGGUUGUUACAUGUGAUUUGUUAGAGUUAGCAUGCGCAGGUGUUAGUUGUAUAUUCAUAGGAAAUCCAUGCACAAUUUUUGAAAUUUUUUCUUUAAACUGUGUCUUUGUGAACUGGCUAGCGUUUUGACUAUGCUUUUAGGACAUCCUUGAAGUGUUUAGGCUUAAAUUGCUUGCAUGAUAAUCUGGUUGUUGAAAGGAUGAAGGCAUUAGUCACCCAUGUAAUGAAUCAACAGUUUUCCCAUUGACCUGAAUAAAGUCCUUUAGGAGAAGCCAUUUUGAGCCUGACUGUUCUUUGUUUACCCAAUUAAUUGAGCUCCAUAGCCAAAUGGCCUGUGUUUCCUUACCCGUGAAUAUUUCUGACUUAGUCUUGAUGUUUAGGGAAAUAGGGGAUUAAUUUGCUAGGUUUAGGGAAUUUUGUGUAAGGAGCCAUUUUGGCACUGUUCCUAUGCCCCAAAUGGGGUAAGAGCAGUCACUUUUUAGGAACUUGAUACUUUCGAGGAUUGCAUUGUAGGCAUGGAUUCACUUUGAAAUUAAUGAACUUUAAUUGCUAUUUUUCCUUGGUGAGGCCGAGAUUAGAAUGGGGUAAUGUCUAGUGAGAAUCCGAAAGGUGAAAAAUUUAUAUAGCUAGACCUCUUACUUUGCGAAAAAGAGAAUGGGAGCCCCGGUCAAAAAGCGUAAGAUGAGACUUGGGUAUCUUUCGAAAGAAACGGCGUUCUCGUGCCAACAUGACAAGGAAAACUAAACUUAAAUUAAUGAACUUGGAGGCUAUCUCAAAAUUUAGCUCUAGUCCUCCGCGUACUUCAAGUAUACGUCAAAGCACAAAUGUGCCGAGACGGUUUAGCUUAGUUGUACACCAUGUCUACUCUUUGCAUAGGUUUAAAUGAUUGUUCCUAAACUGUGGCCUACUGAGUUCCUUGUUCCUAAGAAUAGCCCUGAAGUUCCUGAAUGCCUUGAGUCUUUGUUAGAAUAUCCCGAUCUCUCAAAAUAAAGGGACUAUUAUUAUUAUCCAUCCAUCUUCACCUUCACAAGUCCUUCUGAUCAAUAACUAGUUUAUUUGUGUAUGCUGUCAUUACUUUGAGGAUGUUGUGAAUAAUUGUGUCAAAUAGUUUAGCUUGAGUACAAAGGCGUAGUUUAGGGAAGGAUUUUCUUGAUUUAAACUGUCUGUCCUGUGAAUAUCCCUUUAACUACAUGUGUAUGCUAACUAUUUUAAAUUCCGUGUGGUGAUUAUCGUAAGUCCCGUUGUUCGAUUUGCUUGAGGACAAGCAAAAGCUUAAGUGUGGGGGAGUCUGAUAAGUUCGUAUUUAGACACGCAUUUAAUGCGUGUCUAGGUCGGAUUUUGAUGAUUUUCUUGGCUUUAAGGCGUUGCAAGUCUCAAUUUUGGCUCAAGUUGUGUUUAGCAGGCGUUGGAUCAAGUUUCGUUGCAUUUGGAGUUGAUUUGAAGAAGUUAGAGUCCGGCAAUCGGCGCUAAAGAGACAAUCGGGAGGAGAUAGAGAGCAUUCAAGGAAGAAUUGAGAGAUUUGGAGGUCACCAGGUGAUUCACGGCGAAAUUUUGAAGAAGGAAGAGCAUUGGGAUCGACCUCGGAUGAGUCUGGACACAUUUGGAGCAAGAAAACGAGAAAACGGAGCGAAAAAGUCAGACGCACGGUCGUGCGUCUGGGACGCACGAUCGUGCGUCCAUUACUAAACAGCAUUGAAGCUUCUGCCUGCUACGCACGAUCGUGCGUAGGCAGGGACGCACGAUCGUGCGUAGCCCCGUGACACGCGCGGAAAAAUCCUAUUUCGGCCCAAAUUCGGUUUUUCCCCUUUUUUCUAAAUAAGGCCUCCCUAACCCUUUUUGGAGGUUACGAACAUUACGGAGAGGCCUAGGGACGAAUUUAACACCGUUUUUACGCUAUUUUCUUCCAAGACCCUGGGAUUAUUUGUAAGUUCAUCUUUUUAAUUAAUGACAAUUUAUUCUAUUCAUCUCAAUUCUGUUGAUUCUUCAAUUAUGAAUUGUGAGUAGUUUAAUUAGGGAUUUGGGAUUGAUGAAGGGGUUAAUCAUGAUGUAUGGCUAGAUUCUUGACGGUUUAAUUGCAUGAAUGCCGUUUAAUUUGUGUAUGAAUAAUUUAAUUGAUAUCUCUUGUAACCUAGAUGGCCACUAGAAUUACAAUUGCUUAUAGAAUAAAUUAAGAGAGAUCUAAUUUGUUCUAGGACACAUUCACA